ACAGCCGACGAUAAUCCGAAUUUUCCGAAUUCCUCAUCCGUUCACUAAGCUUAUCUUCUUCCUCCCUCCUUGCAAUUGCAGUAAGAGCAAACAAAGAUUCAAAAGACGCCGAGAGCACAAACCCAUUAUGGCAUCUCUCUCCAUGGCUUCCGUUAACCUAAGAUUCUCUCCUUUACGCUCUUCACCAAGUGUUUCCCUUCGCGUUCCCGUUCAAUUCGCUCGAUUCAACAAGGCGUGUUCGAGCCUUGGCUCAACUCACUGCAUUUCUGGGCUUCGCGCGGUUUUUCCUCAGAAGAUUUCCUCAGUUGUUUCCUCGCAUUCUCAGAGGCUUAAGUCUCUUACCGUUUUCGCUCACAAGGGCUACAAGAUGAAAACCCACAAGGCCUCAGCGAAGCGGUUCAGGGUGACAGGUAAGGGGAAGAUAGUGAGGAGACGAUCCGGGAAGCAGCAUUUGUUAGCUAAGAAAAACAACAAGAGGAAAUUGCGUCUAUCGAAAAUGCACGAAGUGAGCCGGAGCGACUAUGACAACGUGAUCGGCGCUCUGCCCUACCUGAAAGUCAAUCGAAAGGCGACUUAAACAGAGCUCGCUUGAUCCUUUUCUUGUAUUUCUCAUUUUGUAAUCUAAGUUGUUAUAAUAUCCUUUUGUUGUAUGAUAAUUUGGUCUAUGAGUUGAUUUUGUUUCGAUUU